AUGAAUGUGUUCUACAGCUGUCUCCGCGUACCGCAGAGGACGCCGCUCACCUUCUUCCUCUUCUUGAACGUCGGCCAGGAGAAGACACUCUGUAUGCAGAAUGACAGGGAGAAGAAAGAGCCACGCAAGAAAGAGCCACGCAAGAAAGAGACACGCAAGAAAGAGCCACGUAAGAAAGAGCCACGCAAGAAAGAGCCACGCAAGAAAGAGCCACGCAAGAAAGAGACACGCAAGAAAGAGCCACGCAAGAAAGAGACACGUAAGAAAGAGACACGCAAGAAAGAGCCACGUAAGAAAGAGACACGCAAGAAAGAGACACGUAAGAAAGAGACACGCAAGAAAGAGCCACGUAAGAAAGAGCCACGCAAGAAAGAGACACGCAAGAAAGAGACACGUAAGAAAGAGACACGCAAGAAAGAGCCACGCAAGAAAGAGCCACGCAAGAAAGAGCCACGUAAGAAAGAGACACGCAAGAAAGAGACACGCAAGAAAGAGACACGUAAGAAAGAGACACGCAAGAAAGAGACACGCAAGAAAGAGACACGUAAGAAAGAGACACGCAAGAAAGAGACACGCAAGAAAGAGACACGUAAGAAAGAGCCACGCAAGAAAGAGACACGUAAGAAAGAGACACGCAAGAAAGAGACACGCAAGAAAGAGACACGCAAGAAAGAGACACGUAAGAAAGAGACACGCAAGAAAGAGACACGUAAGAAAGAGACACGCAAGAAAGAGCCACGCAAGAAAGAGACACGCAAGAAAGAGACACGCAAGAAAGAGACACGCAAGAAAGAGACACGUAAGAAAGAGACACGCAAGAAAGAGACACGUAAGAAAGACACAAAGAAAGAGACACGUAAGAAAGAGCCACGCAAGAAAGAGACACGUAAGAAAGAGACACGCAAGAAAGAGACACGUAAGAAAGAGACACGCAAGAAAGAGACACGCAAGAAAGAGACACGUAAGAAAGAGACACGUAAGAAAGAGACACGUAAGAAAGAGACACGUAAGAAAGAGACACGUAAGAAAGAGACACGUAAGAAAGAGCCACGCAAGAAAGAGACACGCAAGAAAGAGACACGAGGCCCUUUAAAAAAUCCAAGUACAAGAGGCAGAGACAUGUCGGUGACUGGAGCUAUUCCCAAGCCAUCAAGUUCCCAGCCCCUUCUGCACCAUGGGAAAGCCAGCCAAGUGAGCGUGGGUCAGGUCAACCUUGUCUCCUCGCCUGACUGUCAAAAUAACAGUACCUUCCCCUCCGGCUUCCAGCACUGUCCGUCAGAGCUGGGCCGCUGA